GUUAAAGAAUAAAAGAUACUGAGUGAUAUACACACAACAGAAAAUGAUCUUUUGUGUGGUAUUGUUAUUAUCAGCAUCAUUUGGGAUUGCAAUAGGUCAACAGGAUCCGUGUUUAGAAAAUGUGUAUUCAACGAUUCCUCACUUAGUGAAAAGGAAUCCGUCAUACGCAAUGGAUGCGGUACCAAUAUGUGACAGAUACCUACCAAAACAAUGGUAUCGGGCGGGAUUUCAUAGCAUGCCAACCUUCGGCCCGAAACUGACAGACUGUGGGACAUUAUAUCCGUACUGGAUGAAUGGAUCACUUCCUGGUAAUGGGACAGUUGCAAACGUCACAGUUUGUCAAGUGGGAUUUGAGAACAAAUGUGCCACUUCUCAUACAAUUCAAGUGAAAAACUGUGGACUGUACGCAGUGUACGAAUUAACUCCACUGACUUCUUGCAAUGCAGCUUAUUGCUUCCAACCAAGCACAACAUGCGUGGAAGGAGUGCCUACAAAUAUAUCUGUCUCCUACUACAAUGUUUCGUGGGAAUCAUUACCGAAUGAAACUGCUCCUUAUCGAAUUCAUAAACCGUCAGUGAAUCUUGUAUGCAACUUUGAACCUAUCAAUAACGGGGGACUACUUUAUGAAGUCAAUUGGUUUAUCGAUAACAAAGAAGUACUUAGGAAUCAAACAUUGUCCUCGGACGAAAGGAUGAAUGCAAUUCUUAGUGCUAGCCAAAUUCUAAGAAUUAAUGGACGAGCGGGAUCUAUGAUCCACUGUGUGGUCGGUGCAAAGUUUAGAGCAGAGGAUUCUCCUUGCUCAUCUAAAUCCAGUCCAUUGUUUUUUGCUGGAAUAAAGCUUUUAAAAGAUAAGUUCGAAAUUAAAAGGAACGAAAGCUGCCUUCUUCAAUAUCAGUUUACUAUUCCGUUUGCCUUUAACACUGUGGUCAUUAACAAUACAGAGAUAGAUGCAUUUUUAUACAUAACUACUGAUGUUAACAAAGACGUUCCAUCUGCAUGCGAUGAUAACAACUAUCGCAAUUGCGAAACAAAAAUAGCGUCUUACAGAUUUAGCGAAAGGAGUCAAUAUGAAACAGAUGAAUGGAAGAGUAUUCGAAACUGGACAUUUUACAAUACUGACGACAAUGAUUACAAAUCUGAGAACCAUCACAUUACACUGCGGCUAAUCGCAGAAGGACCUCCUGGUGAUCUGCAUACGGAUCCAGUCAGGAUUUUUGAGAAGAUUCAUCUGCCAGAUGUAAAGAUAUUGGUAACAGAAUCCAGCAAUGUAUGGAAAGGACAACAAUGCUCUUCAACAACUGAUCCAAAUAUCCGUACCUUUGAUGGGGACUUGUAUCAAUGCAUGUUGAUUGGAACAUUUCAGCUGUACAAAAAUGAAGCUUAUAAUCAAGAAGUUCAAGAAAAACACUAUAUGUGCCAACCAGAUGCAGCUUGUAACUGUGCUGCAGCUGUGAGAUCAGGAAGAGAUAUUUUCACAAUAGAUAUUUGUAAUGGAGGACAACAAAUCAUCAAUUUUCCUCUAUGCGAUGACGGUGUUUUAAAAGUUGUGAAGAAAAACGACCGCCGUUAUGAGAUAUUGCUGCCGACUGGGACUGUAGUGGAUAUUUCAAUUUACUGGGAUACUGAUAACGGCUGGUUUUUAAAAAUCAGGAUAUACCCAUCGACUUCAGAUGUUGAAAACGUAGAAGGAUUAUGUGGAAAUCUAGAUGGAAAUUGGAGAAAUGACCGCAGAGGAAGAGAUAAUGUCCUUUACAACAGAUAUGAAAAUAAUCCUGAUAACUUUUCACGAACCUGGAG